CCCCACCGGUCGUCCUGCAUACACCAGAACCCCGCGCGUUACCCUACACAACCACACGGAGCCGCUGUCAGGUCCCAAAUCCGCGCGUCUCGCCCUGAAUACCGACAAACCACGCCGGCAAACAGUCUCUGACAGUCGGAAACACCGCUGGUUUACUGUGGGUAUAACGUCAGAGUCGGACCUGACAUGAAUCGGCCAGGGUUGAAUCCUGCGCUACGUUUUUCCGUGGGCGACAUCAGAACGGACCUGAGAAUGGACAGGCUGGUGAAGUUUCUGACCGUGUGGCUGGUGUUCGGCGUCACCGCUGUCACCCUACUGCUCCAAGUCACAGGACCACCUGGUGUUAAGUGUUACGCCGCCUACUGCCGGCCGCAGAACUGCAGUCUGUACGCUCUCCACGCAGCCCAGUUUGCGGAGGCGUCCUGUCUGUCCAGCUCUGUCCAGCCGCCUGUUUCCCGACCAGACGGACCACUGAACCAGUACCUGAUCCCUCUGGCCUUCUUCAUACAGGCGGUUCUGUGCUACCUGCCGCAUCUUCUGUGGGAUAUAUUCGCAGCGGAAAAGUUGAAGGCAGCGCUACUCGGCAAAAGGCGAAGCCGAAGUCAUCACUCCUCCAAGAAAAAGGUCUACUUGAAGAAAGUCGAGCCACGCCACCUAACGGAUCUGAAAGAAACUACACACGGCAAGCGUCCUGCGACUCCAGAACUGAAGUUCAAAGUCAGAGAGAGAAGCACUAUCACGAGAUACUACCGUCUCAGAGAGGUUGUCACAAUGCUCUUGCUCAUUUUCUUCCUCUUGUACUAUUGCCUGUGCCCCGUACAUCGUUUAGAAAACAUCUAUGAUUCUUUCGUGUGCAUCGUUCACGAGAUACCAGUGACCUGUUCUCUUGGAUCCGGACAGACGUUACGUAUGGCCUGGAUCAUCAACAUCACCAUCCUGAUCACGGGAACUCUCGUGCUGCUGUACCACGUGAUCACCACGUUCCUGUGGCACGACGGGAAGGUCGGCUUCGAAAAUGGCGGCGGCAAGGGUUCGAAACACCACCACAGUAGAGAAGCAGCCUACGCCGAGGAGCAGCUAACACAAGCGUGGGACGCGUGUGGUACUGAGUUAAACGGUUCUGCGAGCGACACAAAACUGUUGGCCAUGUUUUCAGAGUCAAAUCCUGGCCUUUUCAUGGGCUACGGGAACGUCAAACUUGCAAAAUCUACUGUAUAAAGUUUUGUACAAUGUUUUUAAGAAUUUUCUAGAAUUUUGUACAGUUUUUGUUUCUUUAAUGUUUGCAUAAUUUGUAUAACGUUUAGCUACUUUAUUCAUGGUCAGUAAACCAUAAUUACAAAUCAUCAGAAAGUAAACUUCUACCUGUAAGUUGUGCUUCAUUUAAGAAGUGCACGGACAAGGGCAACUAUACUACUGGUACUUGUUCUAUCCCAGUUUUGAGUUGUGUACACAUAAACGUCAAACAAUUUUUACAAUUUUACAGAUUUACAAUUUUGAUAAAGAA